AUGAGACAGAGGAAUCCUGGUCAUAUUCUUGUUGAUAUGAUGGAAAGAAUAGUUGUGAUGCAAGAUACAGCUUCAGAAAACGUUCCACUUGCACCAUUUAUAGAAAUGGACAUGAGAAAGAUCGGAUAUGCAUCGAUUCACGUGUCAUUAGGAGAAAGAUCAUGGCCUCCUGCUGCAGGCUAUUCAUUCGUGUGUUGGUUUCAACAUCGCAAUUUCCUGAAAUCAAAUUCAAAAGAUGUUGAAUCUUCCAAUACCGUAUUUUCCAAAAGGAAUACAAGUACCACGGCCCCACAAGUUCUACGGUUGUUCUCAGUUGCUGCAACAGAUGGUGGUGACACAUUUUAUGCAGAGAUCUUGGUACACAGCAAACCAAAUGCUUUGGCUGGACUAUUUCAAGCCAGUGUUGCAUAUGUGUAUCUUAAUGGGAAGUUUAGACAUACAGGGAGGCUAGGGUAUUCCCUCUCUCCUGCUGGAAAGUCUCUACAGGUAAAGUUGAUGGAAGAAAGGAAUAUGAAGCCACUUGAUUCAAAUCUUGCAGCAUUAUCAGCAAGAUGCAGUAAAGACUUGGAGUUGAAUUUGGCUGAGUCAUUCUUGAGUGAGAUGGGCCAGUGUACAACUGCUUACCCUUAUAAUCAGCUGCUUGGAGCAUGUGACACACUGGAUGAACCUGAACGUGGGAUUUAA